GCGGAUCGGGCGCUCGGUGGUGGAGGUGGUGGGAGGCGGUGGGCUGGAGUCCGGGCGGCCCUGGCGAUGGCGGACGCGGCGGCUUCGCCGGUGGGCAAGCGGCUGCUGCUUCUGUUCGCGGACACCGCGGCGUCAGCCUCGGCCUCGGUCCCCGCGGCGGCGGCGGCGGCGGCGGCAAGCGGAGAUCCAGGGCCUGCGCUGCGCACUCGGGCCUGGCGGGCCGGCACGGUGCGGGCCAUGAGCGGGGCGGUGCCCCAGGACCUAGCGAUAUUUGUAGAAUUUGAUGGCUGUAACUGGAAGCAACACUCAUGGGUUAAAGUUCAUGCGGAAGAAGUUAUUGUGCUUCUACUAGAAGGGUCACUUGUAUGGGCACCCCGGAAAGAUCCAGUCCUUCUCCAGGGCACUCGAGUCUCAAUUGCACAGUGGCCAGCCCUGACUUUCACUCCCCUAGUAGAUAAACUGGGUUUAGGUUCUGUGGUUCCUGUUGAAUACCUUUUGGAUCGAGAGCUUCGUUUCCUGUCAGAUGCUAAUGGGUUGCAUCUGUUCCAGAUGGGAACAGAUAGCCAAAACCAGAUUCUUUUGGAACAUGCAGCACUAAGAGAAACAGUUAAUGCUUUAAUCAGUGAUCAAAAACUACAAGAGAUAUUCAGCCGAGGUCCCUACAGUGUUCAAGGUCACAGGGUCAAAGUAUACCAGCCAGAAGGGGAAGAAAGUUGGCAUUAUGGUGUUGUAAGUCAUCAGGACACUAUCACCCGUCUUAUGGAGGUAUCUAUAACUGAGAGUGGUGAGAUCGAGUCAGUGGAUCCCAGACUGGUCCAUGUGAUGCUGGUUGACAACUCUUCAUCUCAUAGUGAGGGAGGGACGUUAAAAGCAGUAAAAUCUUCCAAAGGAAAGAAGAAGAGAGAAAGCAUAGAGGGGAAAGAUGGCCGGAGGAGAAAAAGUGCAUCAGACUCUGGGUGUGACCCUGCAUCAAAGAAAUUAAAAGGAGACAGGGGUGAAGUAGACAGUACGGGGAGCGAUGGAGGUGAGGCGAGCCGAGGACCCUGGAAAGGAGGGAAUGCCAUUGGAGAGACAGCACUGGAUCAGAGGGCCAAGCAGCCGCCAUCCACGUUUAUCCCCCAGAUUAACCGCAGCAUUCGCUUUGCCACUUACACCAAAGAAAACGGCAGGACUCUGGUGGUACAAGAUGAACCUGUAGGUGGGGACACACCUGUACCUUUCACUCCAUAUUCUUCAGCCCCAGGUCAGCUACCUUUAACCCCAGAGGUGGGUGGAACUGAAAACAAAGAGGCAGGAAAAACAUUGGAACAAGUUGGCCAGGGCAUGGUGCCCUCAACAGCGGUAGCUAAUACCGCCAACACCACCCCAACCACAGUGAGGAUCUCAGACACUGGCCUUGCAACAGGGACUGGGCCAGAAAAACAGAGAGGCAGCUGGCCACAGGCCUCGGGAGAGAAUUCAAGAAAUUCUCUUCUGACUACUUCUGGAUUUGGAGCAUCUCUCUCCAGUUCAUCACAACCUUUGAAUUUUGGAAGUGGAAGAAGCCAGUCCAACGGGGUUCUAGCCACAGAGAAUAAACCAUUGGGCUUCUUUGGCUGUAGCUCUGCAUCAGAGUCACAGACAGACUCUGAUCUCUCCAAAAACUUGUUUUUUCAGUGCAUGUCACAAACUUUACCCACCAGUAACUACUUCACUACAGUUUCAGAGAGUUUGACUGAUGAUUCCUCUAGUCGAGACUCUUUCAAACAAAGCCUUGAGAGCCUCAGCUCAGGCCUGUGUAAAAGCAGACCUGCCCUGGGAGCAGACCCUAAGGCAGGCUCUAAGGCUGGCAGCUCUGUGGACAGGAAAGUGCCUGCAGAGUCCAUGCCCACCCUCACACCAGCCUUCCCCCGGAGUCUCCUAAAUACCCACACACCAGAGAGUCAUGAAAAUCUAUUUUUACAGCCCCCCAAAUUAUCCCGAGAAGAGCCUUCUAAUCCUUUUCUGGCAUUUGUGGAGAAAGUAGAACAUAGCCCUUUCAGCAGCUUUGCAUCUCAGGCAUCAGGUAGCUGCUCUUCUGCUACCACUGUCACUUCCAAGGCAGCACCCAGCUGGCCUGACUCUCACUCCUCUACAGAUUCAGCAUCUUCAGCAAAGAAGAAAACUCUCUUCAUAGCAACUGACUCCUCCAAGCUGGUGCCUGGUGUUCUGGGUUCAACUCUUACCACCGCUGGCCCAAGCCUCUCAGCCAUGGGGAAUGGCCGUUCCAGCUCACCCACCAGCAGCCUCACCCAGCCCAUCGAGAUGCCUACUCUCUCCUCCAGCCCCACAGAGGAGAGGCCAACUGUGGGGCCUGGACAGCAGGACAAUCCCCUCCUCAAAACCUUUAGUACUGUCUUUGGCAGGCACUCAGCCGGCUUUCUGUCUUCUCCUGCAGAUUUUUCACAGGAGAACAAAGCUCCUUUUGAAGCUGUGAAAAGGUUCUCACUGGAUGAGCGAAGCUUGGCUUGCAGACAGGACUCAGACUCCAGCACCAACAGUGACCUGUCAGAUAUGAGCGACUCUGAGGAGCAGCUGCAAGCCAAAACUGGUCUGAAGGGGAUUCCGGAGCACCUGAUGGGAAAGCUGGGCCCCAAUGGGGAGCGCAGUGCUGAGCUGUUGCUGGGCAAAGGCAAAGGGAAGCAGGCCCCUAAGGGCCGGCCUCGGACCGCCCCUCUGAAAGUUGGCCAGUCAGUGCUGAAAGAUGUAAGCAAAGUGAAGAAGCUGAAGCAGUCUGGAGAGCCCUUUCUACAGGACGGGUCGUGCAUUAACGUGGCCCCUCAUCUGCACAAGUGCCGGGAGUGCCGCCUCGAGCGGUAUAGGAAGUUUAAAGAACAGGAACAAGAUGAUUCCACUGUGGCCUGCCGCUUCUUCCACUUCCGGAGAUUGGUCUUCACUCGAAAAGGGGUACUCCGUGUGGAGGGUUUUUUGAGCCCCCAGCAAAGUGAUCCUGAUGCAAUGAACCUGUGGAUUCCUUCCUCCUCCCUCGCAGAGGGGAUAGACCUAGAGACCUCAAAGUAUAUCCUGGCCAAUGUCGGAGACCAGUUCUGCCAGCUCGUGAUGUCUGAGAAGGAGGCCAUGAUGAUGGUGGAGCCACAUCAGAAAGUGGCAUGGAAAAGAGCAGUGCGUGGUGUUCGGGAAAUGUGUGAUGUAUGUGAAACAACACUUUUCAAUAUCCACUGGGUUUGUCGCAAAUGUGGAUUUGGGGUCUGCCUUGACUGUUACAGGCUCAGGAAAAGCCGUCCACGCAGUGAGACAGAGGAGAUGGGUGAUGAAGAAGUUUUCUCCUGGUUGAAAUGUGCAAAAGGACAAUCUCAUGAACCAGAGAACCUCAUGCCCACACAGAUCAUCCCUGGCACAGCUCUUUACAAUAUUGGAGACAUGGUACAUGCUGCCCGGGGCAAGUGGGGGAUUAAAGCAAACUGCCCUUGUAUUAGUCGGCAGAAUAAAUCUGUUUUGAGACCUGCUGUCACCAAUGGGAUGUCACAGCUUCCUAGCAUAAACCCUAGUGCCUCUUCUGGAAACGAAACCACCUUCUCAGGGGGAGGAGGAACAGCAGCUGUAACAGUUCCAGAAUCUGACCAUAUUCCUAAAGCAGACAGCACUGACAUCAGACCUGAGGAACCCCUGAAAGCAGACGGUUCAGCAUCAGGCAGCAAUAGUGAGCCAAAAGCCAUCAGGCCUCCCUGCCCGGACACAGCCCCACCCUCUUCUGCCCUGCACUGGUUGGCGGAUUUAGCAACUCAGAAGGCUAAAGAGGAAACAAAAGAAGCUGGGUCCCUGAGGUCGGUGCUCAAUAAAGAAUCUCAUUCACCCUUUGGGCUGGAUUCGUUCAACUCCGCUGCAAAGGUCUCUCCGUUAACUCCAAAGCUUUUCAACAGUCUAUUACUGGGUCCUACUGCCUCCAACAACAAAAAUGAAGGCUCUAGCCUUCGAGACCUCCUUCACUCUGGGCCUGGAAAGCUUCCUCAAACUCCCUUGGACACAGGCAUACCCUUCCCCCCGGUCUUCUCCACAUCUUCAGCUGGAGUGAAGAGCAAGGCCAGCCUGCCCAACUUCCUUGAUCACAUCAUUGCCUCAGUGGUAGAAAAUAAGAAAACCUCAGAUGCUGCAAAACGGGGCUGUAAUAUGACUGAUACCCAGAGGGAGGUGAAGGAGAUGGUGAUGGGUCUAAACGUGCUAGACCCCCAUACUUCUCACUCCUGGCUCUGUGAUGGGAGACUUCUGUGUCUCCAUGACCCCAGCAACAAAAACAAUUGGAAGAUCUUCCGGGAAUGUUGGAAACAAGGCCAGCCAGUGCUGGUUUCAGGGGUACAUAAAAAACUCAAGUCUGAACUCUGGAAGCCAGAAGCCUUUAGCCAGGAAUUUGGAGACCAAGACGUGGACUUGGUGAACUGCAGGAACUGUGCUAUCAUUUCCGAUGUGAAAGUUCGGGAUUUCUGGGAUGGCUUUGAGAUUAUAUGCAAGCGACUAAGGUCAGAAGACGGACAGCCAAUGGUGCUCAAGCUCAAGGACUGGCCGCCUGGGGAAGAUUUUCGAGACAUGAUGCCAACAAGGUUUGAAGAUCUCAUGGAGAACCUUCCUCUUCCAGAAUAUACCAAACGAGAUGGGAGGCUCAAUCUAGCCUCUAGGCUGCCGAGCUACUUUGUAAGGCCUGAUCUGGGCCCCAAGAUGUACAACGCCUAUGGUUUGAUAACCGCAGAAGAUAGACGUGUUGGUACAACAAAUCUUCACUUAGAUGUGUCUGAUGCAGUUAAUGUGAUGGUGUAUGUUGGAAUUCCCAUCGGGGAAGGUGCUCAUGAUGAAGAAGUACUCAAGACUAUUGAUGAGGGAGAUGCUGAUGAUGUGACAAAGCAGAGGAUUCAUGAUGGAAAAGAAAAGCCAGGUGCUUUGUGGCACAUCUAUGCAGCCAAGGAUGCAGAAAAGAUUCGGGAGCUGCUUCGGAAGGUUGGAGAAGAGCAAGGCCAAGAAAAUCCCCCUGAUCACGACCCAAUUCAUGACCAAAGUUGGUACCUGGACCAGACCCUCCGUAAGCGACUCUAUGAGGAGUAUGGCGUGCAAGGUUGGGCCAUUGUACAGUUCCUGGGGGAUGCUGUCUUCAUACCUGCUGGAGCCCCGCACCAAGUUCACAAUCUCUACAGUUGCAUAAAAGUAGCAGAAGACUUUGUAUCUCCAGAACAUGUAAAGCACUGUUUCCGCCUGACCCAGGAAUUCAGGCAUCUUUCUAACACUCAUACAAACCAUGAGGAUAAACUGCAGGUGAAGAACAUCAUUUACCACGCAGUGAAAGAUGCUGUUGGCACCCUCAAGGCUCAUGAAUCCAAACUGGCAAGGUCUUAG